UAUGUUUAUAUCACCUCAAGUUCUAGUCCUAAUCCUAAUGUCAUUUCUCUUCAGUUCGCUGUUGGUUGUGCAUCUAAGUUUGUUUCGUGGUUAUGUUAAGAAUGUUUUCACGUGUAAACUUUUUAUAAUUUCUAAGUUCUUUUUGUGAUUCUAAACUUACAAUGAACAAAUCGUGACUACAGAAUAGGUACCGUACUCAAUCAACCGUAAUUAGUUGAAGUUGUUCUUGAAGAGUGAUACUUUCUUAAAAAUGUCUGGCCGCCCAGCAGUGAAUAAUACUCAGUGUCGUUUUAAAAACUGAUUUAUAAUUAAUCAGGACAAACAUUUGAAUUGCAAAUUUCGCGUAAAGUUGCAAUGUCAUGACAAGCAAGGAUGUUUGAGAGGGGCUUAUGGAGUGCCAUCUUCCACCCAAGGAUGCAAUGGCGAGUGGGGGGAUGCAAUGGCGGCGUGGAGGUGCUGCGGCGGCGGGCGAGUGUGCUGGGUCUCUGCCUGGUGACAGCCGGCUGCCUCUUCACCCUCCUGCUCAGCCAGCGAAUGGUUGCCUCCUCACUCCACUCCUCCUCGUUCCUCGCCAUCGGACGAACUAUACAGAGUUGGUCAAGUAGUGAGAUGGAUGGUCCCAGCAACAUAACAGCUGAUAUAGACAUGACAAUAGAGGAGCAGCGAUUCCACAUCAGUGCAGAAAUGGCUGAUUAUGAGUAUCCUAAUGGCAAAUACAAUGUAUCGGCCAAAUGGUUAUCAGACUUGGUGCCAGAACUAGGCGGCACUCCACUGCGCAGUAUAAUAAUAACGACGUGGAGAUCAGGCUCGACGUUCCUGGGAGAUGUUCUGAACGCCCACCCCGCCAACUUUUACCACUACGAGCCUCUGCUCGACUACGACAUUGUGCAGGUCAGGGGCGCUCCCCUCGCCAAGCAGGCACUGCACACCCUUCGCCAGCUGCUCAAUUGUACUUAUGCUGACUUAGAUCAUUACCUGGAGUACGGGCAGGGCCAUAACUGGCUGUUCCUGCACAACAGUCGGCUGUGGGAGCGCUGCCUCAUGCAUCCUCACAUCUGCUGGCUGCCCGAGUUCCUCUCCCCCUUUUGCCGCCUCUUCCCCUUCCAGUCCAUGAAGGUCGUUCGUCUCAGGCUCAGUCUAGCUGAGGAGUUACUCGCUGAUCCAAAUUUGAAUGUGCGAGUGAUGCUGCUUGUUCGGGACCCGAGAGGAACGAUGCAGUCUCGCCGCCACCGCGACUGGUGCCCAGGGCGACCCGACUGCUGGGACCCCGGCCGGUUGUGCGCCGACCUCCUCGCAGACUACAGUGCUGCCAUUCGCCUUGCCCGCCUCUAUCCCAAUCGGUUCAGAGCGGUGCGCUACGAAGAUUUAUCGCUGAACCCGUAUUCGGGCGUGAAAGAGUUGUUGGGCUUCUUUGGGCUGAGCUUCCACUCGCAGGUGAAGGCAUUCCUGGACACGCACACGCACACGAACGCGGGAGGCGUGUCGAGCACAUUUCGCAACUCGAAGGCGACGCCCUACCAUUGGCGAGCCGACCUCAGUCACCAGGAGGUGCGCACCAUACAGAAGGUGUGUCGACCCGCCAUGAAGGCCUGGGGGUACGUGCUUGCGCAAAACACCACGCACCAGCGACACUUCAAUCCUAUCGCCAAGUCAUUCAAAUUAGUCUAGCACUUGAUGAAAUCUUUAGGGUACGUUCGAAUAUUGUUGUUCUUCUGAAGAAGAAACUUCAUAAAGAACGAGGACUUCAAGAGAGCAUUACUUCAAUCCGAUCUUCAAGUCUUCAAACUAGUCUAGUACACGAUCAAAUUUAUAGGGUAUGUUCGAAUAGAGUUGUUCUUCUUUGAAGAAACUAGUUCAUACGGAACGUGGACUUCGAAAGAGCACGACUCCAAUCCGAUAUUCAAGUCCUUCAAAUUAGCCUAGUACACGAUCAAAUUCAUAGGGUAUGUUCAAAUAGAGUUUUUCUUCUUCUGAAGAAACUACUUCAUAAGGACGAGGACUUCAGAACAGAACGACUUCAAUCCGAUCCUUCAAAUUAGUCUAGUACUCGAUCAAACUCCAAGGGGAUUCGUUUUGAAUCCUAUUGAAGGAUCGGUUGAAUAGGGAUGUUCUAAUAAAGAAACUCCUUCAUAAGAAACGAGGGUUCUGUAGGUGCCUAUUAAGGUUAUUUUCAUGAUGGUUAGACUGCCUGAUGAAAUCGCCCUGACCGCCAUGAAAUAGCGGGGAUACAUGGUUGCUCACAUCAUAAAUCAAAUCAAAUUCUUUAUUUACACAUUGUUGAUCUGAUAACAAAUUAACGGGGUCUCAAUCCGAUCAAUUAGUUUUCAAAGUUGCCUGUAAUGAGACUUACUUUUAACUGUCAAUGGGAAGCAUUGAUGUUAGACUAUUAGUAAUGAAUGUUCACAGUUUAAAGUGAAGCUGAACUGAACUGAAUCGAUCAAUGUGCGAGUUUAAUGGGUUUGGUUUUCUCCGAUGGAAACCCCCUCUGUAAGGUUCGACUUGGAAGGUAUCGAUAAACUCAGUCAGAUAUCAACUAAUGCGCCAUCAAACUGAUGCCGGAUCAGUCGAAUCCCGAUGAGCGUGUAAGCAUUUUCGAUCAUUUAUUUUCUUUUGCGGAUGAGGUGAUGAGUUGAUCAAACGUCUAUGCCUACGGGCGCGAUUUCAACCCAUGACCAAAUAGCGCUAGCAGACAGAAGGUUGUGACGCCUUAGUCGGCUACCUUUACUGGCAUUUUGGCAUCAAUCAACAAAAAUUGAUUACUCUCUAAGGAGAAGGAAGGCUCAAACAUUUUCAUUAUUUAAGGUUAUGCUUUAAAGGAACGUCAUUUAAAAGACAAAAGGAUCGUUUUUCAUAAAAAAUUGCUGUUUCUACAACUAACUGUAGCAUAUGCACUUACUGGACACGCAAAGAACGGCAAAUAUAUAAGUGUUUGUCUAGUAUUUUGUAUGAUCACUAUGAUCAUUAUAACCAGAAUAUGAUACGAUGAGUGAGUAUGAUCACUAAUUCUGUGAUCCAGACUUUCAAGUUUUCAUGAAAUAGUCACCAGAGGAAAUCGUGGUGCAGCUUAAUAAAGUGCUAUAUUCGUAUGAUUGGGAGGCCAUAUAUUUUUCUUUUGUUUAGAGUUUUUUAUCAUAUGCGAUAUCAUAUUUAAAAAUGUUCAAACGCUGUGAAUUGAUCAAAUAAUGAGACAUUUUCAUAUUCUUGAAAAAAUUGAAUAUUCCUCAUUUUUUUAAAUGAGUAGAAAAGCUUUAAUCCUAUCGCUGAAUCGUUCAAAUAAGUCUAGUAUUUUAUCAGAUAGAGACAGUAUUAAUAGUAUUCGUUGAGAUUCUUAUAACACUAUUACAAGUUCUAAUUUCGUGAAUAAAAUAAUGUAAUCCAAACCAAUGUUCUAUGCAUCAACUUCCAACUAGAUCAUUCAAUGAAAUUGGAUAGAUCAAAUGUAAAAUUUAUUUUGAAAAACGUGGAACGCUCACCAUGACAUGUAUGUAUGUUUGUAUGGUCAGGGCUCUUAAUAGACUGUCCUACAUACAUCCUGAGUAAAAGUAGUCAUUUCCAAACAAAAUAGUUAUCUUAUUUUAUGUUGUAAAAGAAAAUUAUUAUUUGUGAAACUUCAUCAGCUUACUAUAAAUUAUUAUUUCCUGUUCUGUCCAGGUUACCAGUUGGUCGGUAUCAGAACUAAACUAAGCUGAAUAGAACAUUGUUAUUUUGUGUCACUUCUAGCUCGAGCGUCUCUUCCUGGUGAUCGAUUUAGGUUUCCUCUCAUCUCUCAUAAUGUUCUCUCAUUAUACAAGUCUAGGACGUCUGUAGCACCAUCAGAAAAAAAGGCGGUUGUGAAUACUGGUACUGGUUGUGGGAUCAGUAUACUAAAUAAUUAGUCCUUUGUAUAACAAGUUACUAUAUAUAAGUUGAAAUAUAGCAAAUGUGAUAAAUCAAAAUAAAGAGUAGAUCAUUUAAAAUGAUUUCAAGAGUAGAUCGUUUCAAAUAUUGAAGGUCGAAGUGCCUGCCAUUAAUAAAAUCAGUGUCAUUACAGUUCAAAACCACGUUGAUUAUGAACUUGCAGUGAUUCAGUUGAAAUAAUUCAGUUUGAUUGUAAAACAGUGUGUUAAAGAAAAGUGUAACAGGAUGGUGCCAGUAUAAGAAAAUCAGUCGUAUCAAGUGUAUCAGUAACAGAAUUGAAAAAUAUGUUUAUUAUGAAUCAUUCUUGAUUGUGACUCUUCAGCUCCUCUGGAGAGUUUCAGACUUAUAAUGAACUGAACCCUUCUCAUCAAUUGAAGCAAUAACCUGGGAUCGUGAGCUUGACAAAUUGAAAUCAUCUGCCCUAGUUCAUCGAAAUGUGAUGAUAUUGUAAGCCUUAAACCCAUAGUUAAGAAAAUUAUCUGAAAGUAAUAUUUUAGAAAAUAUCAACCCCUCUCGUUAGCUUGUAACACAUACCAGAUGAGAAGAGUUUCUUCCAUUGUGGAUCUCUUUAAUGAUUAACAUUUGUCCCAAUGACAAUGAUAUUCAGCCUUAUACGUACGAUUUACAUUAAAAUGAUAUACAUUAGACGCACAUGAAAAUAUUUGACAAUACUCGCCAGAUUGUAUAACUUUUAUACGAAUUUCGAAAAAUUAAUUAUUAAAAUCGUAUCAUGUAGUUUGAAUAAUAUAAUACUAUUAAGAUGUAAUCGAAUAUGAACUUUACUCAUGUAAAUAUUAAUAGUUAUAGAAUUUUGACAUAGUGUAUUGAAUUCACUAUUUUAGUAGCAAUAUAAUCUAAGAGGAUAAGAAUCAAUUGGCUUGAACUCACGUCAUCUCUCUAAUUUCAUUAUUCAACGAGGUUUCUAUUUUUAAACUUCUUGCCUGAGCAUGAGAAAUAUUUUUUUAUAAUUUUGUUAUGUUUUAUUACUUUUAUAAUACUUUGUGCCGCAGUGAGUUUUUAGUCAGCCUACUUUCAAAACCUGUGAUAAUAUUUUUAAUUAUUAUAUCAGUGGAAGACAUUCCUUCUAAAAGGGGUUAUUUAACUCGUAUCAACAAACUUCUUUAAUUUAUCAUAUUGCUGUUCCACUGUCAUUCUAAACAUUUUCUAGUUUUGUAGGAUAUAUAAAUCUAUGCAUAUUUUUUAAUGAUUACUAUUAAUAGAUUAAAAUUAAAUAGUACUUUUUACCGACAUUUUUGUAGACACAUGUUUCGGCUACAAUACCAUUAUAAAGUUUCAAAGUAACGUUUUUAUUCUUCAAUUUUAAUAAAUUAUUUUUUUGAAUUAUCCAUGUUUUAAUCACUAAUCUUCUCGAUACGGUAGAAAACCCUGUUCAUUACCAUCAUUUCAAUAUUUUGUUCAGUUUAAAAGGCGGUCACUAUGGUAUAAUAUGGUGCUUCACUUCAUGUUUUUUGAAUCAUUCAUCACCGAUUUGAUCUGUGAUAAUUAAGAGACCAAAAGAAGAUUUAUCAAUCGCCUAACACACAUAUCAAAAGAAAGUGGAGAGAAUUGAAAUUUGACUUAGAAGGCCAAUUGCUUCUUAAUUUAUCUAUUGACUUGAGUUUUCUCUCAGUAGAUUAUAACUACAAAACUAAGCAGGAUAAGAGUGAUAGGUUUCUUAGCAAAAGAUUGAUUCUUAGGUAGACCGAUGAUUGCAGUAUAGAGGGCAAUAUUAGAUGAUAACUUUUCUAUGAACAUGAUUUUCCACAUGCAUAUAAUUUUCGUGGUUCUGUUUAAAUACUAUUUUUUGCUUCGAGACUGAAUUGAGUUUUUCAAUGAACUCAUUAAAGAGUUUGAUUGUUUCCUUCAAGUCAUUCCAAUAAGAAAAAGUGUUCUAUUGGAACUGACGCUCAAAAAUCACUAGGAUAAAUAGAUCUAUAAUUUUCACGAAAUCGUUUCAUAAAUUCUGUACAGAGGCGAAAUCUUUAAACCCAGUUAAUUUGUCUUGAACAUAACACAAAAAUUUUUAAUAUAUAUUUAUCACAUCAUAUUCCAUUUAGAACUCGUCAUUAAAAAAUUCACUUUCAAGUAGCCUUCACCUCUCCUAUUGGUAUGAAUUUAGUGGUUAAAUUUCUUAUGUGAAAUAAAAUUAUUCACUCCAAAUUCAAAAUCAUGAAUUUUAUUAUUAUAAACUAGGUGUUCAUAACUCAAAUAAUUAAAACGUAAUAGUAAAGCCUUAAUCGAAUUGCCUUCUUAGAAUAUAACAUGAAUUAGUAAUGUAGUGAGAAUUGUAGUUUUAGAUUGACUGAACUGAGAUGUUUGUAUUAAAGUUUCCUUGUGAUUAGAUAUCAAAAUCCAAAUUCUGAAUAUCAUUCCAAAAAUCUCUCCAAGUACUAUCAAGUAAUCUAUCAAGUACUAUAACUGAAUUAUUAAGAUUGUUAUUAAUAAUUCAUCACUUUCUAUAAAAUAGUCUACAAUUUCAAUUCUACUGAGUAUAAAUAUGAGUCAGGCUUGUAUAUUAUUUAUGAACAACAGCUUUAAUAUAAUGUAUAGUAUUUGAAAAUUCUUCAUAAUUGAUUAGCAGAUUUUCUAAGUGAAAUAUACUCAUGUCACUAUUGAUUUUAGAGUAAAUAUUGAAUCACUUGUAAGAAAAUUAUAAUGUAAUGAUAAUGUAAUUACCGAUAAAUUUAUAUAGCCUUUUAUAGUGUUCCUUGAUGAUAAAGCGUAAGAUUUCAAUAUUCACACACUAACAGUGCUCUAAAUCCAAACCCAUUAUUCCUAUAAAAUUAGUAAAUUACAUAUUUUUUAGAAUCGUUAGUCAUAAAUAGCAAACUCAAUUUAUUAUCUAUGUAUUACUUCAAACAUUCUAAUAAAAAUGCAUCGUUUAUUUCAAUCUAGGCUCUCAAUAUUUUUAAUUGCUACUACAAGAUAUUAAGAUUUGUUAAUCUAGACGUAGCUAGUGAAUAACUUUUAAUCGAAGCUUAAAGCAGGCUAUUGCACUUGGUCGCUAUAGCAGAGUUCAUUAAACUCACGGAAAUAAUACAGUAUUUUGCCUAUUGUUUGAAAUUUAAGCUGAUUCAGACGAUUUACGCAAUGUGUUAUCAAGAUUCCAUUCAAUUUUCAAAUGUUAUUUCAUUUAUUAUUUGAGUGUCUUGAAAUGUUUGCAUUGAGUGUGGAGUUUUUAAUCAUUGAAUACUGUAAUAAGAUUCUUGAAGACCAUUCAUGUUAAAUAAUGUGUUUAAUUCUAUCAAAUGUAUUUUAUGUUUUUUACAAUGUGAGUUCAAUAGUAUUACAUCACUCUGAUUCUUUACAGAAUUAUCAUUACAAUCACAUACAUUCAAUUACUACAAUACUUAUUACCUGAAUACAUGUCUGAACUGCAGAUUAUUUUUCACAGACGUAAAUUAAAAUAAAUUUUACAGAAGUAGAAUAUUAUACUAAUUAUUAUUAAAAGUAUCUGUACCAAUAUCUGCCAAUAAUUCUCUGUAGCUUUUUAAAAAGUUCAUAAUUAUGUACUUCAAAAAUUUCUAAAAAAUAGUUUGGCAAGCUUGUUUAUAUUGUGUUCAAUGUUCUGCUCAUUUUUAAAUCAAUUAUUCUAGUAAAUGAUCAUAUCACUCAAAAUACAUAUCCUACAUCUUCUCUAUAAACUAUAAGUUGGUACUCGAUACUAAAAUCAAUCUGAUAACUAUUACACUGAUCAUGCUUUAUAACAUUCUUCCAUGAAUAUUUUCAAAUAAUGCCUCGCAAAUGAAUAAUAAAUAUUGCGGGGUGUGCUGAUUGUAUUUUAGAAUCACUUUUUCAACUUGUACAAUCACUGAAAAUCGAGAUGAAUAUUCAUUCAUAACUUGAUAAUGAUAUUUCUAGAGUAUUCCUUAGAAAAUUCUUCUUUUUUAAGCUCUCAUUAAUAGUAUUGUAUUAAUGCACAUUUUGAAAGUAAAAUUUUAUCAAACUCUAUCAAGUAAUUAUAAGAAUGUUCGACUAAAACAAAAACUAAUUGAUAUGGUGCUUAACUUGAAAAAUCUUUCUACAAUUGAUUCAUAAUUGAUAGAUUAUUUAUAGUGUGUUACAUAUUUUCUUAGAUGGAGCGUUGUUGUCAAUCGCAAAGUAGUAACAGGUAUUCAAAACAACAAUUAUUCAAAUAUUUCUUCAAUUAUUAUAAACAGUGCCUUUAUCUGUGAACGUAAUCCUAUCACAUACGUACCAACGUAGGCCUACCUAUUCCUUCUAGCAAUAUAUACGCAGAUUUUACGUCUCAAAUGUUUUAAAACUAAAAAAUAGGCCUUAAAAGUACGUCUAAAGCUAUUAUCUUGUCUGUGUUGAAAUGGUUGUAUAUACAACUCUUAAUUUACUGCUAUAUCAUGUAGAUUAUUCAUUUAUAAUUAAUUACCAAUUACCUUUCAGGUUUUUAAAUCAAUACUCAAGCUAAUGACUAAGCUAGUCAUUCAAAUUUUAUAUCAACUUAUUGAUACAAAUAAUCUGUAUUUUCAAAAGACGUGUAUUUUAUAAUACUCGGAACUUGUAUCUAAAAUAUUGCUCUUUCUAGAAUUUUAAUCUUGUAAGUCCGAUUCCAAUGAGCAAUAAACUUUUUGUAAGUAAA